CAUAAUUGUAAACGGCAGAGAAAAGUUUUCUCUUUCGUCUGGUGUUAAAUUUAAUACUCUAUCUUUCAUAGCUCGCUCGCAAUUUCUUUCGAAAGUGGAAGUUGACAGGUUGCUUAUUGGCCGUUCUCAAAAAAAAACGCGUGAUAUAUUCAUAUUUGAAGCCAAAUCUUUAAAUAUCAUAAACGGUUACUGUGGAAUUCUAUAGAUAUUUUGUAUCGGUGUACUCAUUCCAUAACCUCAAAACCAAAAUAAUCGCGCACUGUUCUUAAAACGUCAAGUUGGAUCAAUAUAACCGGUAAUAUUCUAAUGAAUUCCAAAGGAAUAACAGAGUUAUUGCAGUUUAAAAAUAGGAAGAUUGAAAAAGUAUUGACCGCGAAAUAAAUAAUAAAUAAACAUUAUAAUGGACAAAUCGUUCGGUUCAGUAUUUGGCCCUCCGAAAAACAGCAAUGUUACUCGUUCGCGUCAGUCACUCGGUGGAUCACUUUUCUCUACAAGUGGCCGUAAGCCUACGCUUUCGGCAAUACCACCAGCUCGGAAGAGCUCUGCCCGGUACAGUCUUUCGACUCGUUCAAAUAUUUCCACCCUUCAAGUGGUAGCCAAAUCAGAAUAUAACAUGCUGGAAUGUUUUGGUAUGCCAUUACCUGUUCAAGUGAACGAAAUUCUUGCUUUCACCGAGCGAAAUGCACCGGUCUCCAUAAACUAUAGUGCGAACGGGUGGGCAUGGCUGGUACAUGGACGCCGAUUGGUGAUAUGGCAAUACAGAGAGAGUCAAUCGAAGGCAAUGGCCAUGGGAAAAGUACUAGGAGAAAGCUUUCCAACACCUCGUCGGGCACUGGCCAGCCAGUGUCGCCAACUGACACUGCCUCAUUGUGAUAUUGGCCAUAAAGCCACCCUGAUUUCGGUGUUCAUCGCAGACGGUCACCAAAUGGCGUCUUGUUUGGCAGUAUCUCCUGCCGGAGAUGUUCGUUAUUGGCCCUCGAUAGCUCACGAUGGCUCGUCGAUCGACGAGUGUAACAUCCUCGAAGGGCAGGAAUUUGAGGAACUGGUGGGUCUAAGUGGCGGCAAUUAUUUACUAGUGACGACCACCUGCAGUCUAGUGCAUCUGCAGAUCCAGCUGCAAGGCGGACGGCAAAUCAUCGUUUCACGGCUUGUUAAACCUCCGUCCGGGUUUUUCGGAGGAAUCAGUAAACGUUUCGCCUCGAUUAUCAUCGGAAUGCAUAGCUCACAGGAACGGGAGAAUAAACUGGUGAAGAUAAGCAGCGAGAAGGUAUCCAAUCAAGAGUGGCACAUUACAGUUUUAGCGGACAAAUGGAUUCAACGGUGGGCUUUCGGCCCAGGUGGUACUAAUGAGCGGUUUCUAUGCGAAGAUGCAGAAAUCAUACGCAAAAUACGAGAGUACUUCAUGCACAAAUUGUGGAACGGAGUUCGUGAUCGCGAUAGUAACGAGAUUGAAGUGUGGACGCUAGAUAUGCAGCCUACAGAUCGCGGAGUAGUCAUAUUAGCAGCGGCAUGCAAUUUGCCACGAACGUUUCAGGUUCACUUCGCAUUGCUGACGUUCGUAUUCGAGGGGGACUGCAUGGUGUUGCAGGAGAAUGUGCUAAUGAAGAACAAGGGAUUUUACAACCGUGAACGGGAAGAAGAAUAUCUUGGUUUUAAGUUCGUAGCAAACCGAGCAGUUGCCUACGUUUAUAACGAGAAAAUUAUUUUUCCAGUCAUGUUGGACAGAACCGUAGGUAGUUCUGCUAACAGUGAAAGUAGUAGCCCGUCGGAGGAAGUGGAAAAAGUCGAAUUCAAUGUGCAGGAUGAUGGUAUUCUGGCUGCCAAAUGCUUCCAUAACAUGACACUCUUCUUUUCCAAAAUUCACGGGAUGGUCAUCGUAACGGCUUCAGAUUUUGAACCGAACAGCGAAGUGUUCAACUCUUCUGUUUCUUCAGAUGUUUUCAAUCCAAAUAUUUCGAUGAAUGAUUCCGCUUUAAUCAGCCAGUCGAUUUUCGCCCCAGCUACUACCAACGCUGGUAAUUUAGUGCUGUUCGAUUUGGACCCGGAAGAAAUCAGCAAUGGCGAUAAAGAUAAUGUCAAUCAGCUGAAAGCUGCUUUUAUUUAUCAUAUAAAACGAAACACUUCGGCGUCCAUUGAAAUUAUCAACGCACUUUUGAAUAACAUAGAAGAACAGUCGCUGGAUGGUGAAUUGGACCAACUUGUACUAAAAAUUGCAGAAGACCUCAUCGAAGAUGUUCCGGCGGCUGAUCCUCGCUGGGAAGUAACUACAAAACAUGCCCUUGGAUCUUCCACAUCUAUGCAAAUCAUUCAACAACUUCGGGAAAAAAGUGUUGCCCUCACGCAAUUUCUGGAGUUCCUCCACGCCUCGACGUUGUGGGACAAACUGAAUGGAGUCAGUUCCGGAGACGCCGUUCGUUCAACUGCUCAUCUGUUGUCUGACAUUGCGGAAAAAAAUGUUGCUGCCAUUGCCAUCAAAUGUCUUCAUAACAGUCACUCACGUAUAAUUGAUGAGGCGAUCGAUUUAGUUCUCAAAGAGGGCAACCGAUUUCCUUCGUCGCCUAAUCUAACAAAUCAGGACCUUUUCUACGUCCAGGUUAACAAGAUCCAUGAGAUUUUCAAAGUGUUUGCAGAAAUCAUUGAGAGUUACAUCAAAAAAGAAUUCACUACCAAUCAGGUGCAAUCGGCUUUGGUUGAGGUGAACACAAUUACGGUGACCGUUCUGCAGGAGGUGAUGAAAUUUCGCGAAUCGAAAACCGAUUUGUUCGUCGUUCGCAAUGACCCGCACCGAUUCGAGUAUAUUCCUUGGACGGCUUCUUCGGGAAAGUACGGAUUGAAGGACCUUCUGCUUCAUAUGAUAGGCAACACUCAGAAGUACGGCAUCAAAGGCAGUGGUGAACCGGAGUUCCGCAUCAAGCACUACAAACAGAUAACGGAACUGGUAGACUUUGUGCUCGACGGACGAAAGAAAUACCUGGAGAGCGUGAAUGACCAAGGCAAACGGGUGGUUUUGCAACAGCAGUAUGAAUCGCAAAGGAGUGAUUUGAUUUUUCCUUUAGUGGAUGCCGAACAGUUCGAGCUGGCGGCCAAACUAGCGGAAAAAUAUCUCGACUUUCAAGUUUUAGUAGUGAUUUGUGAUAAAACCAACAACCAGUCCAGGCUGGAUGAGUACAUAGAGCGCUACAAAGAGCUGGAUUUUUCGCAGUUCGCCAUCAGCUGGCACAUGCGUCAGAACAAACAGGGAGAUAUUUUCCAACGAUUCAAGGGAAAUCAAGCUGAAUUGGCACGCUUCCUAUCGGAUCACCCGUCGCUCGCGUGGAUUCAGCUAGUGUUCAAUGGGGAACUGGCACAGGCAGCAGAGGUUCUGCUAGCGCUGGCGCAAGGCGAAAAGGAGCUUCUCAACCGCAAACGAGUCAUGCUGUCCCUCUCAAAACUGUGCGCGUUGGCUGCAGAAGGAGACUUCAGCGCACAGAUAGCGGAAAUCAAUUCCGAAACCAGGUUGCUCGAUUUGCAAGAGCAGAUUCCGGAUGAGAUUCUAAACAUCUACGGUUACGACACUAAAAAUGCUAAGGUAUUAACGCCGGAGGAAAUUGUUGAUCUUUUCAUUGCCGAUGAGUAUAGCAAAUCUAGCGAAGCAGAAUUCCGCAAGGCACUGGAAUUGUUGGAUUUCGUUGAAGAACCGAUGGAGGUGCGGCACAAAAUCUGGUGCUCCGCGAUCUUGCGAGAUAACUGGGACGAUUACAACCGAAAUGCUCCACUGGACACGAUGCAGAAUAUGAUGUUUUUUCGAUUAAUCGACCUGUGCUAUAUUUUAGACGGCGAAUUGGAAAAUUUCUUGCCACCAGUGGAAAGCUUCCUAACAGCUCCGGAACUGUGUGAACUCACCGAAAGUAAAUCGUUCCAGUAUUUGAUUAAGCUAGGAUAUGAACACAUAUAUGAUUCAUACAAGAAAAAAUAAACUUGAAAUUAAUUUGCUUUAGUUAGU